AUGACCAUCACCAAGAUCCACGCUCGUUCGGUCUACGACUCUCGCGGUAACCCCACCGUCGAGGUUGACAUCGUCACCGAGACCGGACUCCACCGUGCCAUCGUUCCUUCCGGUGCCUCGACUGGUUCCCACGAGGCUUGCGAGCUCCGUGAUGGAGACAAGACCAAGUGGGGUGGCAAGGGUGUCACCAAGGCUGUUGCCAACGUCAACGACACCAUCGCCCCUGCUCUGAUCAAAGAGAAGAUCGAUGUCAAGGACCAGUCUGCCGUCGACGCCUUCCUGAACAAGCUCGACGGAACCAAGAACAAGGAGAAGCUUGGUGCCAAUGCUAUUCUCGGUGUCUCAAUGGCCAUCGCCAAGGCCGCUGCCGCUGAGAAGGGCGUGCCUCUCUACGCACACAUUUCCGACCUGGCUGGCACGAAGAAGCCUUACGUCCUUCCUGUUCCCUUCCAGAACGUCCUCAACGGUGGCUCGCAUGCCGGUGGCCGUCUCGCCUUCCAGGAAUUCAUGAUUGUCCCUUGCGAGGCCCCAACCUUCUCCGAGGCCAUGCGCCAAGGAGCCGAAGUCUACCAGAAGCUCAAGAGCCUUGCCAAGAAGACCUAUGGACAGUCUGCUGGAAACGUCGGCGACGAGGGAGGUGUUGCGCCCGAUAUUCAGACUCCCGAGGAGGCUCUUGAUCUCAUCACCAAGGCCAUCGAGGAGGCUGGCUACACCGGCCAGAUAAAGAUUGCCAUGGAUGUUGCAUCUAGCGAAUUCUACAAGACCGAGGAGAAGAAGUACGACCUCGACUUCAAGAACCCCGAGAGCGACAAGAGCAAGUGGCUCACGUAUGAACAACUCGCUGAGCUCUACAAGUCUCUCGCUGAGAAGUACCCCAUUGUCAGCAUUGAGGAUCCCUUUGCUGAGGACGAUUGGGAGGCAUGGUCCUACUUCUUCAAGACCUCUGACUUCCAGAUUGUCGGUGACGAUUUGACUGUCACCAACCCUGAGUUCAUCAAGAAGGCCAUUGAGCUCAAGUCGUGCAACGCCCUUCUCCUCAAGGUCAACCAGAUCGGUACGGUCACGGAGGCCAUCCAGGCUGCCAAGGAUGCUUUCGGAGCUGGAUGGGGUGUCAUGGUCUCCCAUCGUUCCGGUGAGACCGAAGAUGUCACCAUCGCUGACAUUGUUGUUGGUCUCCGCGCUGGGCAGAUCAAGACUGGUGCGCCUGCCCGGUCUGAGCGUCUUGCCAAGCUCAACCAGAUUCUCCGCAUCGAGGAGGAGCUGGGUGACAACGCCAUCUACGCCGGCAACAACUUCAGGACUGCCGUUAACUUGUAA